AUGCUGCACUGUCCGCCAUAUGCCGCCUUUCUCUGCGUCACCUCGCUGCUCUGUCUGCUCCCCAUGGCGCCCAUCGACCCGCACUCCAACACGCAGGCCGGCGAGCCGCUCACCACCUUCGUCGACUUCAAUCUGACCGUCGAUUUCGACAACAAGCAGAUCUCCGGAACGGCUCGAUUAGUGCUAGACAAACCCGCCACGGGGACGCUGAGCCUGGACUCGCGGGAUCUUACUAUUCUCGGCGCCACCGACGCUGCCGGAAACGACGUACCAUUCCAGCUGCAUCCACCACAUCACGUGCGCGGAUCGCUGCUCCAGCUCUCCCUGCACUCCAAUGAGGUCACCAUCCGCUACCACACAGGCCUCAAUGCCUCAGCGCUGCAGUGGUUAACACCAGCACAGACAGCAGGAGGGCAGCACCCGUACGUGUUCACACAGUGCCAGGCCAUCCACGCCCGCUCUGUCUUCCCCUGCCAGGACACGCCGCAAGCGCGCAUCAAGUACCACGCGCGAGUGAACAUCCCGGCAGGCCUCCAUGCGGUGAUGAGCGCGCAGCACGUGGCCACGGAGCAGACAGCAGAUGCCGGCCGCGUGGAGGAGGUGUUUGGGAUGCAGCAGCCCAUCCCGCCGUACCUCUUUGCGCUCGCUGUUGGGGACAUCGCCUCCAAGACACUGAGCCCGCGCGUGAAGGUGUAUGCCGAGCCGUCACAGGUGGAGGCAGCAGCAUACGAGUUCAGUGAGACAGAGGACAAGAUCAAGGCAGCAGAGGCCCUCUUUGGCCCGUACGGGUGGGGCGACUUCAACCUGCUGCUCAUGCCGCCUGCCUUCCCCUACGGUGGCAUGGAGAACCCUCGCUGCACCUUCCUCACGCCCACGCUGCUAGCUGGCGACCGCUCAUUGGUCAGCGUGGUGGCUCACGAGCUGGCGCACAGCUGGACUGGUAACCUGGUUACCAACGCGGAUUACUCCUCCUUCUGGCUGAACGAGGGGUGGACGGUGUAUGCGGAGCGGAGGAUUCUCGAAGCAACGGAGGGGGAGGAGAAGGCGAAAUUAGACGCGGCUAUGGGCUGGUUAGACCUGCAGAAGGGUCUUUCACGCUUCACCUCCGAAACAGGAUCAUCCAGCCGUCGAUUCACGCAGCUGGAUCUGGGCACGGACGGCCUGGAUGAGAUCGAUCCGGACGAGGUGUUUUCCGAGGUGCCAUACGAGAAGGGGUUUUUCUUCCUCACGCGUCUGGAGAAAGCGGUGGGGCGGGCCGCGUUUGACGCGUUUAUCACCAAGUACAUCAGCAAGUUCGCUUUCCAGUCUAUCACCACGGCCAUUUUCCUUGAGUUUCUGCAAGCAGAGCUGCCUCAGGUGAUGGAGAAGGGCGGCGACAGCUGGGUGGACGUGGAGGAGUGGGUGAGAGGACAAGGAAUGCCGGUCGAAGCGGAGAGUAUCGUGCCGCAGUCUGCCAGGCUGGCGGCUGUGCAGCGGGCGGCGAGUGGGUUUGUUGAGGAUCCGCACUCAAAGUUUGGGCGGGCGGAUGCGAGUGACUGGGGUCCUGAUGAGUGGCAGAUCUUUCUUGCUGGUCUGCCCAGAACUCUGCCCGUUGAAACGCUCGUGCGAUUGGACGAAGAGUUUGGCUUCUCAAAGAGCAAGAACACGGAGAUCAGUGUGGGGUUCCUCACAGUGGCAGCACAGUCAGGAGCAACGCAGUUUCACCCCCAGGUGGAGGCAACCCUCAUGUCUGUGGGGCGCAUGAAGUACCUGCGCCCGCUCUACACUGCGCUGAUUAAGGGCGGUGCCAAGGACAUGGCUGAAAGGGUGUUUGAAGCAGCAAAAGCAGGGUAUCACCCAGCUCCCUUUUCAGACAAGAGAGUUUCUUGGAUGGAGGAGAGCGGUGACAAUGGCAGCACAUGGGAGGCGCGUCCUAGCGGCACAAAGGACCAUCUUAGCCCACUAAACGCCGAAGGGGGAGACGUGGGGUCGCAGACACCCGCAGCGAGCGACGGCUAUGCGUCCGAUACUGGCCCCGAGAGUCACGGCGGCGGAAGCGGUAAAGGCGCAGGAGGAGGCAAUGGUUCCAGCCACGCUGCCAAGGAAAGGAAGAAGGGAAUCCCAUGGACGGAGGAGGAGCACCGGCUGUUCCUGGUGGGGUUGUGCAAGCUGGGGAAGGGCGACUGGCGGGGCAUCGCGCGGAGCUUCGUGGUGACGCGCACGCCCACGCAGGUGGCGUCGCACGCGCAGAAGUACUUCAACCGCCAGAACAACCUCAACAAGCGCAAGCGCCGCUCCAGCCUCUUCGACAUCAACACCGACUCUAUUUUGGAGGAGAGGAUGGAUAUGACUCGCUCCGUGAGCACGCCCACCCUCCCCCUCGCGCCUGAAGACGCCAAGUGCAGCGCGCGUGCCGCUCCCACGCACGAUCCACCCAGCCACGCGCAUAACCCCCCCUCGUCCGCGUCGUCGCCCAAGAUUCCGUCCAAUCACGCCUCCGUCAAGCCGCCGUCAGUCACGAUACCGUCAGUCACGGCGUCACCGCCGCCUGCUUACGCGCAGCACGCGUCCCUGCUGGACCUGAACCGGUCGCACUCCUAUCCCGUCGUGCCUGCCGCCGGGGAUACCCACUUCCCGCGCUCCCUCAGCCGUCCGAUGUCCCUCCCAUCGCUCACUCCCGCGAAUCCCACUGUACAUACUCCCGCGGACGUGUUGUUCCCCCCUGCUGACGUCAGUCGUCCCUGGCGCAUCCCGGGCCUUGCUGACCCAUGGGGAGCCAGUGGGUACCCCGCAGGAGGCCGCACCUGGCCUCCGCAUCCUGCUUGGCCCGCGGCCCGUCCAGAUGCAGUGUAUCCGGCGAUGAUGAUGAUGGACCCGGCUGUGAGGCACAGGAUGGGGUACGAGAUGCUGCUGCGCAUGGAGGAGGAGAGGAGGCAGCGCGCGCACGCGGUUGCUGCUGCCAAUGCGGAUGUUGAUGCAGAUGUACAGGGCGCUGAGAAGAAGGUUAAGGUGGAGAACGAGGGGGGCAUGGGGGUGGAAGGCAGUGUACAUAAAGAGAGUCUGCCUUCCAAAUUUGUCGCUGGUGCCUCUAGGUUAUCUGAAACCAUGGCUCCUGGUAGUGGGCGUAAUAAGGGUAAGGUGGAGGAGGAAGGUGGUGCAUCGAAUGAGGCUGGACUGGCAGCAGCUGCUGCUGCGCAAGCAGAGGCAGUGCCUGUGAAGCAGUUUCCUCCGCCUUUCUCCCCUCCUCACGGCUUCUACCCACCCACCUACCACUCCUUCCCGGACCCAUCCUUCAUGUACAUGUGGCCUCCUUAUCCUCCUCCUCCGCUGAACCUGGGGUGCAGCUGGCAGCCUCCCUUCUCUAGCGGCCAUUCCAGCAGUCCAGCGGGCAGCAGCCGAGUGCUUCGGCCAACAGCCAUGCUGGCCACGUCUCCCCUCCACGUGCCUCUUGCUGUCAAGGAGAGAGCUGAGAGUGUAUCAACAAAGGAGGCGGCUCGUAAGGAAGCCGGGCUGCAAGGAGAGACUGGUUUCAAGGGGGAUUCGUUGAACUCGCAACUUCCUGAACCGCUUGAAUCAGCAGAGCAUGGCGAUGGAUCGUCCAUCGCUGCAUCCGUCACUCAAGAACCGUCUCCUACUAUUGGAUCAUCAAUCCAAGAGGCUUUGAAGGACUUCACCCGUCACGUUAGCAUCGAAAACCGCUGGCCGACGUCCAUGACUCGCGUCAGCAGAGUGGAUUUGGAGGACGCCACGUGGCAGCGCGUGCUGCAGUACGACUUUGAGGUGCAGCUCGGCGCGCAGCGGAAAUCUUUUUCCCUUGCGGAGCAGCUGAGCCCUCCCGAGUACCUCCUUCCCCACUUGCCGCCUCUCGCCGCACCCGACGCUGCUAGUACCGACGAAUCGACGGGAGAAGCAGAAGAGAAACAAGCAAUCGGUGCUUCCGAGGAGAGUAAAAACGGAGACGCAAGAAAAACAGGAGCCCAUGCUUCUGCGGACGGGGGUUAUCUUGCGCUGCGAGGCAACUCGCUCCUACAAUCAGUUUCAGGGUCGGUGCUGACGUCAGCGGCAGCCGGGUCGCUGCCGCCGGUGACGGUGGAAGGGCCAAUGGAGAUGUGGGUGCAGGACGCGGAGCAAGUGCGCCUCGCCAUGCCCCACGACGUGGAUGCGGGCGAGGUGAGGAAGGUCGUGCUCGCGUCAGGCGCCGCCGUCACCGUGCACGGCGCGCAAGCAGUCGCCUUGGCGCGCCCGCUGCAGCUCCCCCUCCCCCCUCUCUCCCCGCACUCCCUCUCCGCCUCCGCCGCCUCUUCCGCGCUCCUCGGCCUCGCGAAAAAGCUCAAAGCCGCCGCGCUUUCCUGGUCCUCCCCGUCCCGCGCGCCCUUGUCCGCGUCCCCCCUGCCGCGCGAGCUCGUGUCGCUCCGCGUGGUGCGCCCCUCCGCCAUCGUCGCCGCCAGCGUGCCGCUCUCCCCGCUCCCCCCCGCUCGCGACGUCGCCAGCAUCGGACUGGUGGAGGCGGUUUCUGGGGCGGGUGCAACUGACGACCUCGGGAAUACCGCCGCCGCCACUAGUACCGCGACCGCUCUUGCGCCCGCCAAGCUCAGAGUCAAACGGAUAGCAGCAGGCGCAGUGGAGCUGACGUCAGCGAGGCCGCGAUCCACGUCAGCAGCGGCAGCAAGAGGCAGCGCCCUUUCUUCCCUCGCGGCGGCGCUGCCUCUGGCGUCGCACACAGGCCCCCCCAGGCCAUGGCCGUUCCCAGCAGUGAAUCGAUCUGAUGGGCGGCUGACGGCGCUGGGGGAGGCGCUGCAGGGCGCGCUGGGGGAGAUGCUGGCGCAGCAGGGCAAGGGGAAGGGGGGGAAGGGUGGUGGUGGUGCCUCUGACGGUUUGCCCCGCGUGUUCCAGCUGGUAAAGGCCAGUGCUUCUGCUGGCCGGGUUGUUCGCAUUCCUCUACAGGUGGAAUUGCGGGUGGAGGGCGUUGGCCAGUCCAUGCUGUCCGUGGCGCUCAAUAACGAGACUGCUUCAAAUGAGGACGGAACGAGGACAGAAGCAGGGAAGGGUGGGAUGAAGGAGGAAGCAGAGAAGCAGAAGGUGGAUGGGAGUGACAGCAGGGAGAGGAGGGGAGAGGCGGGCGGGAAGAAGAAAGGCGAGCGGGAGUCAGUUGUCAUGACACGUCAGCAGUGGGAGUUGGUAGCGCAGGUGGAUGGCGGCGGUCGGCUGGUUCCCGUGCAUGUGGGACGAGUGGGGUCAGUGGGGCCGUCUAUGGUGGUGGCGCCGCAUGUGCUCUCCCCCAACACCACUGCCUCCCUGCCCAACCUGCCCCCGCCCAGCCGACUCAUGCUCUGA